UUUAGGUUCCAUAGAAACACUGAAGGUGGUUAGUAAACUCCAGAAAAACCUUUAACAUUUUCCCAAAGGGUCAACCAUUUUAGAGUGAGCAAGCUGGAUGACUGAAGAGAGAUCUGGCACUGCCUUUGUUUUGAAGUUUCUGACAGCUUUGGGCAUCCAAAGGAGCAAUGGCGGUCCAUAAGGCAGAAGAGGUGUUAAAUGUUCUUCGGCUGAAUGUGGGGGGCUGUGUCUACACAGCCCGGCGGGAGUCUUUGUGUCGAUUUAAGGACUCUAUGCUGGCGUCUAUGUUUAGUGGUCGGUUUCCUCUAAAAACAGAUGAAUCAGGGGCCUGCAUCAUUGACCGUGAUGGGCAUCUGUUUAAAUACCUUCUGGAUUAUCUUCAUGGAGAAGUUCAGAUCCCCACCGAUGAGCAGACGCGAGCUGCCUUGCAGGAAGAGGCUGAUUACUUUGGCAUACCCUAUCCAUACAGCCUGUCCGACCACUUGGCCAAUGAAAUGGAGACAUAUUCUUUAAGGUCAAAUAUAGAACUUAAAAAGGCUUUAACAGACUUCUGUGAUUCAUAUGGCUUAGUUUGCAAUAAACCAACAGUUUGGGUUCUGCACUAUCUUAACACAUCUGGUGCAAGCUGUGAGAGUAGAAUUAUUGGUGUCUAUGCCACAAAAGCUGAUGGAACAGAUGCUAUUGAUAAGCAGCUGGGAGGAAGAAUUCACAGUAAAAGUAUUUUUAAAAGAGAGGCGGGAAAUAAUGUUCAGUACAUUUGGAGCUAUUAUUCAGUAGCAGAGUUGAAGAAAAUGAUGGACGCCUUUGAUGCAUGGGAAGGAAAAGGUGUUAGCUACUGGCGGGUGCCUCACGAGCUGAUAGAAUGCUGGACUCUGGAGGAGCGGCCUUUAGUUGGAAGUCUGCAUCAUAUGGCCCCAAUACGAAAGAGGCGCCUGACAGCCUUCAGUGAAGAGGAGGAAGGUGUGAGCUGUAAGACGGGCCCUAAGCCAGUCAGGUAUCUGGGCCCUUCCACAAGUACCCAAAUUAAAGUCAGGAACUCUGCUUCAGUCAAGGUGUCCCCACCCAAGGCUGUCCAUGUCGCCUCUCAAGAGACCGCACACCGGCCUCAGAGUGGCAGUUGUGGAAAGGGAGCUCCGUGCUCUGUGCCUCAUGAGGGACAGUCUCCAGUUUCCCCCCAAGUCCCAAGUUCUGAGAAUGGAGCCCCACGACCGCCUCCAGCCAAGGUGCUGCUCUCGGACAGGAAGUUUUCAUCGCACAGGGUGAUCAAGCUGAAGCGGAUCCCACUGUGUGCUGCGGGGCCUUCCCUGCCCAUCCCCUCAUCAGGGACACAGGCCAGCUCCCCUGAGCAGCUCUCUCCAGAAGCUUCCAGCACUUGGGAUGUGCGGACUGAGAACAGGAAAGACCAGCCUGAUGGGUAAAAUGGAGGACUUGGAGCUACCUGUUUGCUUCAAAGCUUCCAACAUUUUUGACACCAAUAAGUGUUACUGUUUCCUGAUUCAGUAGAAGGGGAAACGUAUGUUGUAUUUAAGAUUAUUACAGGGAUAGUAAGUUCUGUAAAGUGAGAGUAGAGGCAGGGAGAGUCUUUUGUGGUUGGAGCUGCAGUCUCAUUUUGUCUGUAUGCAGUUUGACUUCUAGCUUUAAUUUUUUUUUUUAACUUUACAUGGUUAAUAGGAAUCUAGGCAACAAAGCAGUAUAGCAUAAUACUCACUGUAGACGGCCCCUUCGUUGCUGCAACGUUGGAGACUAGGUUCCCCUGUACACCUCCUCUUGUGCUGUAGGGCUAGAUAGCAUGGUGGUUUCAGUGCUGACAUGGUGCAUACCACGGCUGGGAGAAUUGUGAGGGAGUCGGGGGCAGGAUGAGCUAAACAGCAUACUUUAAUUUGAAUAGUGAAGGUUGGAAGAACUUUGAAAAAGAGCCCAGCCCUCAGGAGGCAGAGGUAGGAGGAUCACCGUGAGUUCAAGGCCACCCUGAGACUAGUGAAUUCCAGGUCAGCCUGAGCUAGAGUAAAACCCUACCUCAAAAAAACAAACAAACAAACAAACAAACAAAAAAAAACCAAAAAACCCCAAACCCCAAAAAAGCUCUUCAGAAGUGAUCCUUGUGAUUACACAA